UUAAUCCGCUUCCGGGUCGGCCUGUGGGAGUCGGAAGUGGACGGUUGUUGAUUUUGAAGCAUGGCGGCGAAAACCGAUACAAAAAACACAACAGGGAAACCCUCCAAACAUGGCGGCAAAGAAUCCAAAAAGCUCAUCAUCGCCAAGACCCCGGCGGAGGAGCAGCGGCUCAAGCUGGAGCGGCUGAUGCGGAACCCGGACAAACCCGCGCCCAUCCCUGAGCGGCCGCGGGACUGGAACCCGCGGGCCCCGCCGGAGUUCGUCCGGGACGUGAUGGGCUCCAGCGCCGGGGCCGGCAGCGGAGAGUUCCACGUCUACCGCCACCUCCGCCGCAGGGAGUACCAACGGCAGGACUUCCUGGACAAGAUGUCGGACAAGGUGAAGCAGGACAUAGACUACCUGGACAAGGUAGAGGAGAACAAGAAGGCGGCAGACGACCGCACCGCCAAGCGCCGCAAGAAGAGGGACAAGCUGAAGAUGAAGAAGAUGAGCGCCAAGAAGGCGAAGGAGGACUCCACCAAGGAGGGCGACGAGAAGAGCUCCAGCAGCAGCAGUGAUGAUGAUGAUGACAAGGAGGCGGAGGACGAUGCGGAGGCUCCCAGUUUCGUAAUGGGCAGGAAAUAACCAGUAACACUAGUCUGUAUAACGGUAGGCCCAGUUACACUCUAUAUGACUGCAGGCCCACUGACGCUGGAGGAGCUGGAGGUCUGCGUUUAGAUGUGGAGGAGAUCCGACCCAGGAUUCAUUGUUGUGCUGGUGAAUUGGACUUGAGAAGCAGAAGCACACAUAAUUGGAAUCAUCAGGUCGUCUAACCCGGACUGCUGUACAAUGGAAAGGUGCAGCUAGUCUUUGAUUGGCUGGAACCUAAAUGGACGUCUUCUAAUAUCCCAUGGACAUGAUUAAUCUAAUUGUAAUAAUUCUGAUAUACUUUUUUCUGUAUUACUUGAGUUGUCAUGACCCUGUAAGAUAUUAGUUUUUUGUUGCUCUUGUUUCUCUUCACCAGAACAGCAUUUUCUCUUGUAGUAAUUGUCAGGACAAUAAUGGACCAUCUUUCAGACUGUACUUGCCUUUCAUCACCGAGUCGCCCCUGGCGAUCAGCUUCGGAAGGUGUUUCCUACUUGUGUGUUAGAAUUGAAGGUAAUGUCUGCCGCCCUAGUAUACCUGUUGUAUAUUUUUAUUAUGAUUAUGAAGUGUUUUAAUAAAAAAAAACGUGCUAACGUUUCCUGCCAUU